UCCCACUUGCCAGGCGGGACGGGCAACAGGAUUGGUAGAAUUGAGUAAAUGCGGGCCAGUGUUGUCCAAUCACGGAAAGCAGGUCGGAUCCGGUCCAAUCAGAGCUUCCGGGGGCGGGGCGGGCUGCAGUCGGGCUUGGGAGGGAGUGGGGUUGCGAGCCGAAGUCCGAGUCGAUCGAGGGCUCCGGCGAGCGUUCGGGAAUGAGCGGGUCCCUCGGCCGAGCGGCGGCGGCUCUGCUCCGCUGGGGGCGCGGCGCGGGCGGCGGCAGCGGCGUCCUGCGGAGUCCGGGCGUGCGGACGGCGGGUUCGGGCGCGGGCGGCGGCGGCUCGGCGGAGCAGCUGGACGCGCUGGUGAAAAAGGACAAGGUGGUGGUCUUCCUCAAGGGCACGCCGGAGCAGCCCCAAUGCGGCUUCAGCAACGCCGUGGUGCAGAUCCUGCGGCUGCACGGCGUCCGCGACUACGCGGCCUACAACGUGCUGGACGACCCCGAGCUCCGACAAGGCAUUAAAGACUAUUCCAACUGGCCCACCAUCCCGCAAGUGUACCUCAACGGCGAGUUUGUGGGGGGCUGUGACAUUCUUCUGCAGAUGCACCAGAAUGGGGACCUGGUGGAAGAACUGAAAAAGCUGGGGAUCCACUCCGCCCUUUUAGAUGAAAAGAAAGACCAAGACUCAAAGUGAGGGUGCCUGGGUCCUCUGAGCAGAGGGGGCCGUGCGUGCCAGAGACUCACUGCCAGAAAAGCCUUACUGAUUUUGGUUUUCACCAUUGAGACAACUGUUUCCACUGAUUAUUCCAGUUUGUAAGCAGUUGGGUGAUUUUAGUUUGUCUGGUGUUUGGUCUAAGAAUAUUCUAUUGUGAACUUGAUUGCAACCAGUGCACUGUAAUAAUUCAAUGUUGUAUUAUGAUAUUGCUGUACACAAAACUUGUUCUUAUGUUGUCAUUUAUUCUUUGCCUCAUUCAGGAGUUGAAGUAGGAGCUUUUGAAUCAUUAUGAUUCCUGACUCCUCUGCAAAUGUGUCAGUCUGCAAAGAGAAUAUAUCCCCCUAGUUUUUUGGAACUUCUUCUGUUAAGGAAAAUGGCGGGCAAAGAAGAAACUGUGAUAACUAGAGUGUUGUUUUUUUAAAAUAAACUGCCAACACAGGGG